UUCCUCCACGGCUCACUCAAAACAAACAUAGCGGCGCUUUGACUCUUAAAACAGUCAGAGAUUUGGAAAAAUGUUAUGUUCGUGAGAGUUUUGUAUUAUAUGUGUACUUGGUAGAAGAAAUUAAGCCGGACAUUAACGACUGAGGUUAGUGGUCGGCAGUUUGACGUUACUGUAAGUUGAGGAGCUUCACUGCUGUUGCUAACACAACGAGCUGAAGUCGGCAAGUGUCGGAAAGCUUCUUCAAAACGGAUUUUUAAAAGCAACAAGUGAAGCCCACAGAUACCAGAAAUGUGCUUGUGAUGUAAUCAUUUCACCAUCUGGGUUUGAGACCAUUCUCUGACCGCAGCGAUGGACGACGACACCUCGACCCUUAAGCCUAGGCGGAUCCAGAAUCAAAACGUGGUCCAUCGCCUCGAGAGGCGUCGGAUCUGCUCGGGCCGACCGGGCGCCCACUGGUACAGAGUGCGCUGCUUCCACCAGAACCUUUUCCCUAACUUCACUGUAGUCAACGUGGAGAAGCCGCCCUGCUUUCUUAGGAAGUUCUCACCCGACGGACGCUGCUUCAUCGCCUUCUCCUCCGACCAGACAUCUCUGGAGAUAUACGAAUACCAAGGUUGUCAGGCGGCGCAGGACCUGCUGAGAGGCCAAGAGGGGGAGACCCUUCUAACAGCCAACGACCAGCGCUCCCUCAACAUCCGAGGUCGCCUGUUUGAGCGCUUCUUCUCCUUGCUCCACGUCACCAAUGUGGCCUCAAACGGAGAACACCUCAACCGGGAGUGCAGCCUGUUCACAGACGACUGCCGCUACGUCAUCGUCGGGUCGGCUGUGUACGUCCCAGAGGAGCCACCGCCGUACUUCUUUGAGGUGUAUCGCAACAACGAAUCGGUGACUCCAAACCCUCGAUCUCCUUUAGAAGACUACUCCCUCCACAUCAUCGACCUCCACACCGGCAGGCUGUGCGACACCAGGUCCUUUAAGUGCGACAAGAUUAUCCUUUCCCACAACCAGGGCCUCUACCUCUAUAGAAACAUCCUGGCCGUGCUGUCGGUCCAGCAGCAGACCAUACAUGUCUUUCAGGUGACUCCAGAGGGAACGUUCCUGGAUGUAAGGACCAUCGGGCGCUUCUGCUACGAGGACGACCUCCUGACGCUUUCGGCCGUUUACACGGAGGCUCAGGCCGAGAGCCAGCCAGGCUUCCCACGCCUUUACACAGACAAAACCAUCAACUCCCUCAAGCACAGGCUGCUGGUCUAUCUCUGGAGGAGGGCAGAGCAGGACGGCAGCGCCACCGCCAAGAGGAGAUUCUUCCAGUUUUUUGAUCAGCUGAGGAGGCUGAGGAUGUGGAAGAUGCAACUGCUGGAUGAGCAUCACCUCUUCAUUAAAUACACCAGUGAAGACGUGGUCACACUCAGAGUCACAGACCCCUCGCAGCCGUCGUUCUUCGUGGUGUACAACAUGGUGUCCACAGAGGUGCUGGCCGUCUUUGAGAACACAUCCGACCAGCUGCUGGAGCUGUUCGAGAACUUCUGCGACCUGUUCCGAAACGCAACACUACACAGCCAGGCCGUCCAGUUCCCCUGCUCCGCCUCAUCCAACAACUACGCUCGACAGGUCCAGAGAAGAUUCAAGGACACCAUAGUGAACGCUAAAUACGGCGGCCACACCGAGGCGGUGCGUCGGCUGCUGGGCCAGCUGCCAAUCAGCGCCCAGUCCUACAGCAGCAGCCCUUACCUGGACCUCUCCCUCUUCAGCUACGACGACAAGUGGGUGUCUGUCAUGGAGAGGCCUAAGACCUGCGGGGACCAUCCCAUCAGGUUUUACGCACGUGACUCAGGCCUGCUGAAGUUUAAGAUCCAGGCGGGUCUGCUGGGACGGCCGGUGAACCACGCUGUGCGUCGCCUAGUCGCCUUCACCUUCCACCCUUUCGAACCUUUCGCCAUCUCAGUCCAGCGCACCAAUGCAGAGUAUGUGGUCAACUUCCACAUGAGGCACGUGUGCGCGUGAGGAGCUUGUGCGUGCGUGUGUGUGUGUGCAACAAACUAAACUCAAGACAGCCCACCGACUCACAGUUGGCAGCAAGAUGCAAGACGGCGGAGCUCCUGUCAGCACUGGUGACAAUACAACAAACAUGUUUGUCCUGUUUGUCGCCCCGCACCUUCUCCAGAGAAAUCAGCAGUCGUCUCGGUGCAUUCUCCUCCUGAUGGAAACUACUGUCGUCCCCCCCCCAACCCCCACCCCUCCAUCAAACAGUGGUCACUCUACCUCCGCCUUCACUCUCUCUCAGCGAGAAGGCGACAAUUCUGCCUUUUACUUUUGUCUGCGGCGCCUCACCUCCUCUCUCCCCCCUUCCCCGGCGGAACAAAGAGGGACCUGUAGGGAGGAGAGGCUAGAAUAAGUGUAAAUGGAGAUGUAGAGAGAGUGAUUGAUGUGCAACGGAGGUGGGAGCAGUAGGUAGCCGGACCUCUUAGAAGGAACCAAAGGAGUUUUCUUUUUCCUGCCGUGCACUGAAAGCUGCACAUUUAUAUCAGAAUUGUUUAUUCAGUCGGUCCAUGACCAGCUGUCUAACAAACUUUUCUUUUUCUCACAUGGAUGGAGAAAAAGGUAAUUUUAUAUUCUAUAGUUUUAACUCUUU